AUGUCGGAAAGAGGUCAGCCCGGUGGACCAAACCCGACUAUCAAGGAUAACCGACUAGUUAUGAACAUAACUACAUCUGAGCCUCGUGACCUGCUGAUGAUAGAAAGAAAUUGUCUCAGUAUGGUCAAAUUUGGGGUUGUUCUCUCAUUAACAAGUAUUGCCAUGCUUGUUAACUUUGGCUUCGGGAAACGUGAAAAGCUUGAAGGGGACAAAAAGAUUCUCUUUACGAUAUUUGGUUCCAUUUUUAUGCUUCUCUCGUUGCUGUCAUUAGUAUUAGGUGCUCUGAAUUAUUAUCACUCUAUCGGUCGAUAUACCAAAGAGAAGGUGGAGGUCUUUAACCAUAUCCCUAUUACUGGCUUUGUGUUUUCGUGUUUUGUAAUGAUCUUCACAGUGAGUGUGGUAUUAUUGACUCAGAGCUUAUGA